AUGGUGCAUCCAACGAGCAGGGCUCGGGUAAUAUUAAUUUCACCAGAAGGCUUUAAGUUUCAUUAUGCUUUGAGAUUUCAAUUUGACGCGUUAAACAAUGAGGAUGAGUAUGAAGCCUUGAUUGCCGGCUUGAGGAUAGCCGAGGCGUUGAAAGUAAAAAAUCUCAUCUACCAUAGUGACUCACAACUGAUUGUAAAUCAGGUUCUCGGGGAAUACCAGGCCAAGGGCCUGAAGAUUGUUAAGUAUCUACAAAAGAAGCAAACAAGAUCAUUAGAGAAAUUCAUGAAAGCUUUUGUGGGGAUCAUGCAAGUUGACACAGCCUAUCUAAAAAGAUCAUUAGACAAGGAUAUUACUUGCCAACGAUCAAUAAGGACACCCAUGAGUUUGUCAAAAAUGUGUGAUAAGUGUCAGAGGUUUUCACAUAUACCUCGGGUACCGCCAACGGAACUAAGGAUGAUGACCUCGCCUUACCCAUUUUCCAUAUGGGGGAUUGAUCUAAUUGGGGCAUUACCCACAGGGCGAGGAGGAGCCAAGUACGUAGUGGUAGCAGUUGAUUUCUUCACUAAAUGGACUGAGGUCAAACCUCUUGUUUCCAUAACCUGCAAGAAAGUCCUCGACUUCGUUGUCAAGAAUAUUGUCUGUAGGUUUGGAAUUCCCAUGAAGAUAGUAUCCGAUAAUAGAACCGAGUUUGAUGGCGUCGUGUCCACUCAGUUCUGUGAAAGGAACAAAAUAAUUAAAAGCUUAUCGUCAGUAUCCAUACUUCAGGCGAAUGGACAAGUGGAAGCUGUUAAUAAAACCUUGAAAGAUACUAUCAAGAAGAAGCUAGAUGCUGCCAAAGGCAAGUGGGUCGACGAGCUACCUCAAGUACUAUGGGCUCACAAAACUACUGAAAAAACAGCAAUGGGACACACUCCCUUCUCGAUAGCAUUUGACUUGAAACUUUUUGUUAAUCAUUUCUCAUUCCCAGUUUGA